UGCGAAUCACUUGACAGAAGCGCCUCAGCGGAACGCUGUGGUCUGCGCUUUGGCUCGCAGUCUGUUCCAAUCUGUUUCCCCUGGUGCUGGAUACGGACAGGAAAAGUCGGGACCACAACGGAACCGGUAUGAAGCGUCCGUUCAGCCCAAACGCUCUGUCCAACACAGCGUUUGGCUCCGGGGUGGCCAUGCAGAUGGGUGUUCAGGCUGGUUGCAAGGGCCAAGAUGAGGGUGCAAUGCCAGAACAUCACCCACCAGGGGGCACUAUGACUGCUGCGCUCUACAAAGCCAAAAGGGAGAGGAAAGAGAGGAGGUACACACUGUGUGACGUCUGCAACAUCCAACUCAACUCAGCCGCACAGGCCCAGAUCCACUAUAAUGGCAAAUCCCACCAGAAGAGACUCAAGAAAAUGAGCAAUGGCAAGAUGUCCAGUACCACAGGUACAUCAGCCCAGGGCAGCCCCCUUCUGGCUUCCCUACCUGUCCCAAGACGGCCACUGCAGCCUCAAAUUGACCUCAAACACUUUCUGCCCUUCAGACUCAAUGGAUCCUCCCCCCUCAGCCUCUUCCCAAACUUUAACACGAUGGACCCGGUCCAGAAGGCGGUGAUCAACCACACGUUCGGUGUCUGUCAGCCCCUCAAGAAGAAACAGAUUAUCUCCUGCAACAUUUGCCACCUGCGCUUUAACUCAGCAAACCAAGCAGAGGCCCACUACAAGGGACACAAACACGCCCGCAAGCUUAAAGCCGUGGAGGCCCAGAAGCACCGGCAGCGACGAGCCAGGGAAAGCUUGUCCACGGGAAGGGAGAGAGACAGAGACCGGGAUCGAGACCGGAACAGAGGCAAGACCACCAAGUCAGAGGAAAUAUUCACAGCGCUCAUGGAUACAACCUUGAUGGAGGGAACAAGUCUGCAGUCUGAUCUAGAAUCAGUGAACCUGGAGGAGAAGCUCGAAGAGAGUCCCAGGAGCUCAGUGAUGCUGACACCAGUGUCUGAGGUUUCCUCUGUGGAGUUGGUCACACUUUCGCUUCCUCAGAUUUCCCCCUCCUCACAGCUGUCUGAGACUGCGUCGGACACCAGUAACCCCAAAGUCCCCGAGGCUGCCGAAGCUCCGGGCCCAGCCACCAAUUCAGGCAAUUAUGCGGAUACCUCCAGCACAAACAGGGAGCACCAUGCCGAUGAGGGUCGGGACACCAAAAAGACCAAAGCUCACCUGCACUGUCCUGUCUGUAAGGUCACGGUCAACUCCGUCUCUCAACUGGAAGCACACAACAGCGGUACAAAGCACAAGCUGAUACUGGAGGGUCACAGAGUCCUGCCGCGGCGCAGGGGCAAAGUGGUGAGAGGGCGCGCAGGCUGUAAGAGCAAACGGCUGGGAAACAAAGGCAGCAUCAGAGUUCCCAGCAAGAACUUCCAGUGUGAAGUGUGUGAGAUCUUUGUCAACUCUGAGACCCAGCUCAGCCAGCACAUGAAUAGCAGAAGGCACAAGGAUAGGCUGGCCGGAAAACCCCCCAAACCCAAAUUUACCCCCCACAGCAAGAGGCAGACAAGCUCCGGCUUAGCGAACGUGAGAUGGAGUGGCUAUGCAGGUGUUGCUGUGUCUGCCAUGAAGAAAACGUCCAGCCACUACAACCUCACCUCCUUCUCCUUGCAGACCAAACUGGCUUUGCAGAAGCAGCUGACCAAGAGUCUGACAACAGGCUUCCUGCCCAGCCACCUCACCCCGCCAACUCUGUGCACACUGGCAACUAAUCCACUGGUUCUGCGUCACCUAGUGGGCACCCCCACAUUCAUCCAGACCCCAUUCCUGGGCCCUGCACUGUUUCGCCCAGCUCCGGGGCCAUUGCGGGCCACAUAUACCCCCAUCAUUUUUUCCCCUUACUAAAGACUUGAACCCAGUUCCCAUUUGAGCUCCAACCUUGUCCCUUUACCAAACCCCAGGCCCUCCCUUCCUGUGACAAAGGCCACACACAAACUAUGCAGCCCGCCUGACUUAUGAUGGAAAGGGGUACAAGUCCUGAUGCUCUGUGGGCCAUUAGGCCUGGACAUGUUCCUACCUUAAAGGCCAUCAUGCCUUUUCUCUGCUCCUCUUAUCAUGAGCCUAGGAGCUGGAUAGGCCUCCAGAAAGUGACUGGUAUACUGAGGCCAGGUUAAUAGCCAUUUUGUGGGUACACAUGGUUUGGAUUAAUGUGUAAUUUAUUAGAGAUUAAAUUUAGACAAGUCAACAUGUAUGUUUAGUGUGGUUGCCACAAAAUAAGGUCCCUUUACUUAAUUAUCUUUUUC